CCUUCAUUCACCUUUAGUAUAUUACUUAACAAUGUCUGGACGUGGCAAGGGCGGCAAGGGCCUGGGCAAGGGCGGUGCCAAGCGUCACCGCAAGGUGCUUCGCGAUAACAUUCAGGGCAUCACCAAGCCCGCUAUCCGCCGUCUGGCUCGCCGUGGCGGUGUGAAGCGUAUCAGCGGUCUGAUCUACGAGGAGACCCGCACGGUGCUCAAGACCUUCCUGGAGAACGUCAUCCGCGACUCGGUCACCUACACCGAGCACGCUCGCCGCAAGACCGUGACGGCCAUGGACGUGGUGUACGCCCUGAAGCGCCAGGGCCGCACCCUGUACGGCUUCGGUGGUUAAGCCGCUUCUGCGCCGGCUGCUGUGUGGGGGACAAGGCACGUCUCAUACCUCACCGGUACGAUCCACGCUGUCUUGCCCCUCCCACCUGGCUGUCAACCUCUUCAUCCAAAACUCGGUGUUUCUCAACACCACCCUGCCACAUGGUUGCGACUUCCUGGUGGGCUCAUUUGGAGAGCACUAUGAUCUUAAAAGCACCUGCUUCAGGCCUGCUGGGAGUUAUGGGUAAAGGCGCAGGCGCGUUCGAGGGAAGCACGGGCUCACUUCACCAUGGGAGGAGCUCAGCGUCCGGUAGUCAUGAAGCUGAAAGGCAUUCAGCAUCUGCGCUGGCGCACCUCACAAAGCGUGACGCGCCGACAACAGUCUGUAGGUGAUACAUUGCAGCUGUGGGUGCUCUCAUGCAUCGCAGCGCUGCGUGGAUGGUGGUCGGCAGCUGUGCAUGGGAAUAGAUGUGUGAGACCGGCGUUGGGGUUGUGCGUUGGCUUUCUACUCAUUGUGGGAGAUAACAAAGAUAGGCGCUAGCUUAUCGUGUCAAGGCGCAAUGUAGUGGGUAGCCAAGUAGGGGCUAGACAGGACAACGCGCUAUUGGCUAUCGGCCUGAGGUUCGGGAGGACAGGCCCGGGAGUUGGAGGCCCAGCGGUUGCAGCCUCGGGAUGCACGGCCAUGUACCGUGUGCUGGUGCGCCCUGCUUAGGCCCCCCGCCCUCGCCUCGUCACCUCGUGCUGCAAGCCAAGUUAGCCGAUCCCUGUAGCCAAUCGCUCGUAAUCCCACAGCCUUGAGCUGCGUGCAGGCGUCUGCAUAGUCCAGUUGCAGCCUGCUGUACGGGUGCAGGGCCCAACCUUCGGUUCUCCACUGCAACUGGGAGCUAGCAUGCUGCUUGGUUGAUUAGGACACAUUGCUUGGCUUCGCGCAUGCAACUGGUCGCUGCACUGCCUGCACAUGCUCGGCUAGCGGGCGGUAAGUGUGUGUGCAGUGCGGGACCGUGCUGGGCGGGGACCGUCGCGGGGCGGGGAGUCGAGGGGGUCUGCACCUGCGUGCAUUUGUAAGGACAAACAUAU